AUGACGCCUGGCACUGAUGCAGUGCCGCUCAACGUGAGCUCAGCCAGCUGCGACCUGCCAUACAUCGAGGGCCACCUGCCAUUGAUGGUUCUGUACAUCACCGUUCUGAUUGUUGGUCUUCCUGCCAACCUACUUACGGUUUUCCUCACCUGGCAGCAGGUGCAAAGGAAGAAUGUGUUGGGCAUUUAUCUAUGGAGUCUGUCGAUGUGUGACCUGACCUACCUGUGUACGCUGCCAUUGUGGACGGACUAUGUCAGCAGAGGCCACAUCUGGCAUUGGAGUUCUGCCGCCUGCAAACUGACAGGCUACAUCUUCUUCACCAACAUGUACGUCAGCAUCUUCCUGCUCUGCUGCGUCUCCUGCGACCGCUACGUAGCAGUGGUGUACAGUCUGGAGGCGCGCGGCCUGAGGCGACAGCGCUACGCCGUGGUCCUCACUGUCGUCAUAGUUCUGGUGGUGGCCACUGGUCACAGCGCCGUCUUCAUCAUGAAGGAGGGUGCCGCUGCAGAAGGUUCAGGCCGCUGCUUCGAGCCGAGUCUCAGCAGCGCCACGGUGAUGAGCUUGAGCUAUGCUCGCUUCGUCAUCGGUUUCCUGCUUCCUCUGCUGCUGCUGGUGUUGACGAACCGCAGCGUCCUGGCCAAAGUGCAGAGCAGCACGGGACUGCAGCCUGGACAGAAGCGGCGCAUCCGAUGGCUGGCAGCAGCUGUGGUACUGCUGUUCCUGGUCUGCUUCGCCCCAUACCACCUGAUCCUGCUGGCCCGUGCCAUCAGCUUCCAGUUACCCUCGAUUAAAGGGGAUCCCUGUUUCUUCGAGAGGACUCUGUACACCCCCUACACCGUCUCUCUUGGCCUGUCUACCAUCAACAGCGCCAUCAACCCCAUUCUCUAUGUCUUGUCCAGCAACAACAUCCGCAAGGAACUGUACCAAGGAUUAACACAGGUCUGCAGCUGGGCACCUUCCAACAGCAGCCAGAACCAUAUCCAGCCAUCAGACAAGUCCUUAGAGCCGUUUUCUGGGACAGAUACAGAGAGACAAGCCCCGGUCCAGACCUGAAAGACCAGCCAAAUAUUGGUCUUCAAUGGACCAUCCAGAGACAGACAAGCAGCCGAAACACCGGUACAGACUUGA